AUGCAUUUCACUGCUCUUGCUGUCCUCGCGCUAGGCGCCGCAAGCUUCCUUGAAGCAGCGGCCACGCCUCAUCAUCAUCACCCUUUCGUUGCACGGCAAAACGCAGGGUUCCGGAAUGGAACCCGGCAAAACCAAGGUCAACGAAACGGCGGUCAGCAAAAUGGCGGCCAGCAAAACGGAGGCCAACAAAACGGAGGCCAGCAAAACGGAGGCCAGCAAAACGGAGGCCAGCAAAACGGAGGCCAGCAGAACGGAGGCCAGCAGAACGGAGGACAGGCCAACUGCUUGAACGCCAAUGCCCUACAACUAUCUUCUACUUUGACAGGACAAGAAGAUGGGACGGAGGGCAUCAAGGCCAAUCAAGCACGAUCUGCAACGGAUUCAGCCAACUUCAUCAACUUCUGCUCCGGUUCUACCUUGACCAACGGCACCCAAGUCACUGGAGGAUCAUGCAACGGCAUUCCCAUGGGCAAAAUUCCGUCCACGUCGAACAUGAUCUCAGCCAUCAUCCUUGAACCACAGUUUGGCCAAACAGUUCCUGCUGGGACCACCUUCAAAAUCAGAGUCCAGACACAGGGACUCGAUGCCGGUUCUUUCACCAACCCAACCGUGACCUACUACCAAGCGCCGCAGGAUCUCAAUAACAACGGCCAGAUCAUUGGGCACUGUCACGUCACGCUUCAAGAUCUUGGAACUUCUCUCAACCCUACCACCGCUCCAGACCCAUCAAAGUUCUCUUUCUUCAAAGGUAUCGAUGACGCCGGGAACGGCCAGGGUCUAUUGGAAGCAGAAGUCACUGGCGGUCUAGUUGCGGGCUUUUAUCGAGUCUGUACGCUGAUUGGCGCAAGCAAUCAUCAGCCAGUCCUCAUGCCGGUUGCUCAGCGUGGCGCCCAGGAUGAUUGCACCAAGUUUGAAGUCGUUGAUGGAGGAAACAACGGUGGAAACAACGGCGGCAACAACGGCGGCAACAACGGCGGCGGCGACAACGGUGGCAACGACGGUGGCAACGACGGUGGGAACAAUGGUGGGAACAAUGGUGGGAACAACGGUGGAGACAACGGCGGCAAUAACGGCGGCAAUAACGGUGGCAACGGAAACGGAAUCGUUCAGGUCGUUUCCGGCACCCUGGGCGGAGCGCCCCCGACCAUUGAGAGCUCUGGCGACACCGCACGACCAUUCGCCGUCAACGGAAACACCUUUGUCAACGAAGCCGCUGCCGUUCAACGAGCCUGUGAUAUCCAGUUCAACGCAUGUGCGGAUGGUGUCAACCGCGGCCAGAUCUCUGGAAGCUCCGUCAAUGAUUGCCAGACGCAGAGGAAUGGCUGCAGGGCUGCAUAG